AAUACCGAGAGAUAGUGGGAGAGGGAGAUAGUAAAUGAGUAAUUGAACAAAAAAAAUUUUAUUGAGUUUGAUCCUAUUCGCGCAAAUAGUCAGUGUCUGCGUCUUGUGCAAACGCUAAUUUAAAUUGUCUACUAAUAAAUAAUAAUUGUCAAACUAUCUGUGUUUACUCAUAGGUGCGUCGUGUCAAACAACUUUGUCAGAUUUUAAAUAAAAUAAAAUAAAAUAAUAAAUAAUGGCGGCAUUUAAUCGUAUGAUUAAACUGACUGAAGGACUCAAAAAUCUGACAAGCUCACAUGGGUAUCGAUUACCAGCUUCGAAAACUUUUUACACUUAUGUCAAUGAGCCGGCAAUGCCAAUUCCUGACAAGGAGCCUUGCUGGGUCAAGACUUCUGAAGAAGCCGCCGAACGCGCGGGUUUAGCAUCUGAUCAAAUAGUAUUUGUUCAGGGUGCGGCAGCAACUCCUGUUGAAUUAUUGCGAGGACUUACUGAGUAUGGAGUUCGUUCUAAUGUUAAAAAUGUACGACUGUGUCAUAUGCAUCUUGAAGGAGCUGCUCCAUUUGCGAAGAAAGAAAAUGCGAAACACUUCCGAUCUGUCAGCUUUUUCAUUGGUGGCAAUGUAAGAGGAGCUGUAAAUGAAGGCACAGCUGAUGCUAUUCCAAUUUUUCUACAUGAAAUACCGAAGAUAUUUAACCGCGAUUACAUGAAACCAGAUAUCGCUCUUAUUCAUGUGACACCACCGGACAGCAAAGGAUACUGUUCAUUAGGGACAAGUGUUGACUGUGUCAGAGCUGCUCUUAUAAAAUCUAAAAAAAUCGUAGCACAAGUUAAUGAAAACAUGCCGAGGACAUUUGGUGACGCAAUUAUACACAAAAGUCAUAUAGAUUUUGCUGUUGAGCACAACGGGCCGCUGCCAGCUCAUCCAGUUAAAGCUCCAUCAGAUAAAGAACGCGCUAUUGGUAAACACAUUGCGGAAAAUUUAGUUGAUAAUGGGGCGACUCUGCAACUGGGCAUUGGUAGUAUUCCUGAUGCAGUAUUAGCUCAAUUGAAAAAUCACAAAAAUUUAGGAAUUCACAGCGAGAUGUUCAGUGAUGGUGUCGUUGAUCUUGUCAACAGCGGCUGUAUUACGAACAAUGAAAAAUCAAUUCAUCGCGGUCGUAUCGUCGGUUCAUUUUGUGUUGGUUCACAAAAAUUGUAUGACUUUAUGCACAAUAAUCCAUUUAUUGAAAUGUUGGUUGUUGAUUACGUUAAUGACCCGAGAAUAAUUGCCAAGCAACCAAAAAUGACCUGCAUAAAUUCAUGCAUUGAAGUUGAUUUGACUGGACAAAUUUGUUCAGACAGUAUUGGAACGCGGAUGUACUCCGGCUUUGGAGGUCAAGUAGAUUUCCUGACCGGCGCGGCGAUGAGCGAAGACGGUCUGGGUCAGCCGAUAGUUGCGUUAAACUCGACAACCGCUGACGGUAAAACGAGUAAAAUAUCUCCUGUCCUUAAAUCAGGAGCUGGUGUCGUGACCAGCAGAGCUCUAGUAAGAUACGUCGUAACGGAGCACGGCAUCGCAAGCCUAUUUGGCAAAACGCUCAGACAACGUGCCCAUGCUCUUAUAAACGUCGCUCACCCUGAUCACCGGGAAGCUCUAGAAAAAGCUGCCUUCGAACGUCUAAAAGGAAUGCCUGAGCCUUGAACUCACUAGUCAUCUUUAUUAAUAUUAAAUGAAAUAUCACGAGAAUGUAUUCAUAUUUUGCUCUUAUCCACAAUCUUAAGAUAAAAAAAACAA